GCAGUCUCAGAAACACCAGGUGUGGAAUUGCUAGAGUUCUGGAGAAGAUGCUGGUGCUCAACUGUUCUACCAAAUUACUGAUCCUGGAAAAAAUGUUGAAGAGUUACUUCCCCGAAUCACUCAAGGUUUAUGGAGCAGUGAUGAACAUGAAUCGUGGGAAUCCCUUUCAGAAGGAGGUGGUGGUGGAUUCGUGGCCAGACUUCAAAGCUGUUAUCACCCGACGACAGAAAGAGGCUGAGACAGAUAACCUCGACCAUUAUUCUAAUGCCUAUGCUGUGUUCUACAAGGAUGUCAGGGCUUACCAUCGCCUGUUGGCAGAACAUGAUGUUAUCAACUGGGAUCAAGUUUUUCAAAUACAAGGGCUGCAGAGUGAGUUACAUGAUGUUUCCAAAGCUGUUGCCAACUCAAAGCAGUUAGGUGUAAAGUUAACUUCCUUCAAGGCUGUUCAAAGUUUUCCUCAUCCACUUCUGCCGGACACCAGUUCUCUAAAGGGCUCUGCCCCACGACUAACUUACCUGAGUGUUGCUGAUGCUGAUCUACUCAACAGGACUUGGUCUAGGGGCGGCAACGAACAGUGUCACCGGUAUAUCACAAAACUCAUCUCUUGCUUCCCCAGUGUAUGUGUCCGGGAUGACAAGGGAAACCUGGUCUCUUGGUCUCUUACAGACCAGUUUUCCACCAUGUGCCAUGGCUAUACCCUGCCAGAGCAUCGAAGGAAAGGUUACAGCAAGCUGGUGUUCCUUACACUGGCCAGGAAGAUGCAAAGCCGGGGAUUCCCCUGUCAGGGCAACGUCCUAGAUGACAAUACAGCAUCCAUAAGCCUCCUGAAGAAUCUCGGGGCUGAGUUCUUGCCCUGUCGCUUUCAUAGGCUUAUUCUCACCCCUGCAGCUUUCUCUGGCUAAGUUUACCUCUAGCCCAUUGGAACUCCAGGAAUUUCUUCCUUUUCUUGAACAUACGUACACUCUGUAGCUGGCAAAGAAGGGAAUGUUCCAACUGGAAUCAGAAGAAUUGAAAGGGGCCUGGAGAAGACACGCAGCACCAGCCUGAGAAGCCUGCCUUCUCCCUGCGUCAGGGUUCUACAGGAAAUAUCCAGGGGCCAGAGACAGCAAUGGCUGAGAGGAGGAUAAUUAUCUUACUUUGGGAUGCACCACAGGAAAAAGGUUCUAAAGCCAUCAGUUCUCAGCCCAGUUAUAGAAAUGACUGCAUGAGAACAGUGACUUAACACAGGAGCAUGUGGCUACGGCUUCCUUAUUGCUGCCUGGGUUUCUGCUCUGGGUUGUCACAGCCACACCAGCUCCCCACUACCGUAAAUAACACACCCCCAGCCUGCUGCAAUGUCUCUCUAAACUCUUCCUACCACUUCUGAUCCAGCUUCUCUGUAGAAUACCCUGCUUUUUCCCCUUUAGUGACUGGUUUUCCACUUCUGCUUACAACUCAAGCCUAUCGCCUUCCCUGGGGAAUGUUCCAGUGCAGUGGUUCUCACAUUUUCAAGCACUUCUGAAUCACCUGGAGGGCAGAUUGCAACACAGACCGCGGAGCCUCUUUCCCCACAACCCCUGAUUCAGUAAGUCUGCAGUAGGGCCUGAGAAUUGGCAUUUCUAAAAAGUACCUAGUGCUCAGUGGUCAUGGAUGGAGGAAAGAAG